AUGUUCCAUAGAGAAUCGGAGAAGUCGAGUAACAACUUCACUAUCUAUCUAUCUAUCUAUCUAUCUAUCUAUCUAUCUAUCUAUCUAUCUAUCUAUCUAUCUCGGUCUGUUUCCAUCUAUCUAUCUAUCUAUCUAUCUAUCUAUCUAUCUAUCUAUCUAUCUAUCUAUCUAUCUCGGUCUAUUUCUUUCUAUCUAUUAAUCUCAGUCUGUUUCUCUUUCUAUCUAUCUAUCUAUCUAUCUAUCUAUCUAUCUAUCUAUCUAUCUCGGUCUAUUUCUUUCUAUCUAUCUAUUAAUCUCGGUCUGUUUCUUUCUAUCUAUCUAUCUUGGUCUGUUUCUAUCUAUCUAUCUAUCUAUCUCGGUCUGUUUUUUAUCUAUCUAUCUAUCUAUCUCAUCUAUUUCUAUCUAUCUAUCUCUCUAUCUCGGUCUGUUUCUAUCUAUCUAUCUAUCUAUCUAUCUAUCUAUUUCUUUCUAUCUAUCUAUCUAUCUAUCUCUUGGUCUGUUUCUAUCUAUCUUCUAUCUAUCUCAUUAAUCUAUCUAUCUAUCUAUCUCGGUUUCUUUCUAUCUAUCUAUCUAUCUAUCUAUCUAUCUAUCUCAUCUAUCUAUCUCAUCUAUCUAUCUAUCUAUCUAUCUCGGUCUGUUUCUAUCUAUCUCUAUCUAUCUAUCUCCGGUCUAUUUCUUUCUAUCUAUUCUCAGUCUGUCUAUCUAUCUAUCUCUAUCUAUCUAUCUAUCUAUCUAUCUAUCUAUCUAUCUAUCUAUCUAUCUAUCUCUUUCUAUCUAUCUAAUCUCGGUCUAUUUCUUUCUAUCUAUCUAUCUCCAUUGGUCUUGGUUUUUCUAUCUAUCUAUCUAUCUAUCUCGGUCUGUUUUUUCUAUCUAUCUAUCUAUCUAUCUCAUCUGUUUCUAUCUAUCUAUCUAUCAUUCUAUUAUCUAUCUAUCUAUCUAUCUAUCUCGGUCUGUUUCUUUCUAUCUAUCUAUCUCAUCUAUCUAUCUAUCUAUCUAUCUAUCUAUCUAUCUCGGUCUAUUUCUUUCUAUCUAUUAAUCUCAGUUUCUUUCUAUUAUCUAUUUGGUCUAUCUAUCUAUCUAUCUAUCUAUUUCUGUUUUUUUUCUAUCUAUCUAUCUAUCUAUCUCAUGUCUAUCUAUCUAUCUAUCUAUCUAUCUAUCUAUCUAUCUAUCUAUCUAUCUAUCUCUCAGUCUGUUUCUUUCUAUCUAUCUAUCUAUUUCUAUCUAUCUAUCUAUCUCGGUCUGUUUCUAUCUAUCUAUCUAUCUAUCUAUCUAAUCUCUAUCUAUCUAUCUAUCUCGGUCAUUUCUUUCAUCUAUCUAUUAAUCUAUCUAUCUAUCUAUCUAUCUAUCUAUCUAUCUAUCUAUCUAUCUAUCUAUCUCGGUCUAUUUCUUUCUAUCUAUCUAUUAAUCUCGGUCUGUUUCUAUCUAUCUAUCUAUCUAUCUAUCUAUCUAUCUAUCUAUCUAUCUAUCUCUAUCUCGGUCUGUUUCUUUCUAUCUAUGUAUAAAUCUCUAUCUAUCUAUCAAUCUCGGUCUGUUUCUUUCUAUCUAUGUAUUAAUCUAUCUCGGUCUGUUUCUAUCUAUCUAUCUAUCUAUCUAUCUAUCUAUCUAUCUAUCUAUCAGGGUUCCAACUAG